UGUCGACGAACGUGGAGGAAAUACUUCUCGAUAGGUCUACUCUCAACACUAAUAUUUUACAGAGCAUUGGAGUAAUCACUUCUCUUAAAACUCUGUCUUUAUCUGAUUGUGGACUUAUUGGUCCCUUACCUAAUCAAGGAUGGUGUGAUCUAAAAAAAGCUUGAAAUAUUGGAUGCAAGUUGGAAUACACUUGAAGGGAUGCUUCCUCUUUGUUUGAGUAACUUGACUUCUCUUCGUGAGUUAGAUUUGUCUAAGAAUCGACUCAAUGGAAAUCUAAUUCCUUUAACAAAUCUUACAUCACUUAGAUCCAUCCAUCUUUCAGGAAAUCAUUUUCAAAUUCCAAUGUCAUUGGUUCCAUUUACAAAUUUACCAAACCUCAAGUUCCUCUACAUUGAUGAAAACAAUAUGGUAAUGGAACCUUCCUCCUCUACGCCCAUCCCAAAGUUCCAGCUAAGAGAGAUCAUUUUGUCAAACUGCAUAACAUCUCAAGAACUCAGUCUUGAACUUCCCACCUUCCUUCACUACCAAUAUGACUUGAGAUUUGUGGAUCUUUCUGGAAACAAUUUCAGUGGAACGUUUCCAGUUUGGUUGUUAGAAAACAAUACGAAGUUAGUGGAGUUCAUCUUGAAUGGUAAUUCUUUUAAAGGUCGUCUCAGAUUACCGUCAAUUCCUAAUUCUAAUUUAGCUUCAUUUGACAUAUCUGAUAACAAGUUACAAGGUCAGAUUUCAACCAACAUAUGUUCAAUUUAUCCACAUUUGGUAAUCUUAUUCUUAUCUAAGAAUGCCUUUGAAGGUAACAUCCCUCCUUGUUUAAGUGGCAUGAAGGAUUUAUAUUUUUUAGAUCUGUCAGACAAUCAAUUGUCUGGAAGAGUACAGGAAGAGUUGAUCAUGAAAAGCUCGUUGUACGUCUUGAGACUAUCAAAUAACAACCUCAGCGGAAAUGUAGUUCCUGCGAUUCUCAAAGCAAAUUGGUUGCGAAAUUUAUAUUUGGAUGGAAAUAAUUUUUCUGGAGAGAUGGUCAAUGUUGAUGUCUCUACUAUUCAGUUUCCAACUUCACUGCAGGAAAUUGAUCUCAGUAAUAACAAGUUGUAUGGAAAGCUCCCAAGAUGGAUGGGGAACUUGUCAGAUUUGCGGAGAUUGGCUUUGUCUAACAACAGUUUUGAGGGUUCUAUUCCAAUAGAGUUUUGCAAAUUGAAUGGCUUGGAAAUUUUGGAUCUUUCUCGAAACAAUUUAUCUGGCUCUAUGCCAUCCUGCGUCAAUCCUCCAUACAUAGAGCAUGUCCACCUUCAUGGGAAUAGACUGAGCGGUACAUUGUCACUUGCUUUUUAUAAUAGCUCUUCACUUGUGACAUUAGAUCUUGGAGAAAACAAUUUAACCGGUAGGAUUCCGAAAUGGAUUGACACUCUUUCUUCUUUGAGUGUCCUUCUGUUAAGAGCUAAUCAUUUACAAGGUGAAAUUCCAGUUCAAUUAUGCAAUUUGAAUUCCUUGAGCAUUAUUGACCUUUCUCAAAAUAUGUUUUCUGGCUCUAUACCUUCUUGUUUGGGAAAUUUAACUUUACAAACGCAUGAGAAUAAGAUCAUACAACAUGGGCAAGUGAUAGAAGCAACAGAUCGUGAAAUGAAAAUAAACCAUGCCUUUGUCGACAGCUACAUUGAAGAACGGAUAGAUUUCAGAACAAAGAGUUGGUUCCACUCGUAUGGGGGUAACAUCCUUAAGUACAUGACCGGGAUUGAUUUAUCUUGCAACAACUUAACUGGUCAGAUCCCACGCGAAUUAGGAAACUUGAGUGAAAUCCAUUCUUUAAACUUGUCACACAACAACUUGGUCGGAGUUAUACCCUCGUCGUUUUCAAAACUUAAGCAGAUUGAGAGUUUGGACCUUUCCUACAACAAGUUGAGUGGUGAAAUCCCAAACCAGUUGGUAGAGUUGAACACUUUGGAGGUUUUCAGCGUGGCAUACAACAACUUGUCAGGCAGUAUUCCAGAACCGAAAGCUCAAUUUGGUACCUUCAUUGAAAACAGUUAUGAGGGGAACCCUUUUCUCUGUGGACCUUUACUGAAUAAAAGUUGCUCGAAAGCCGACGCACCAUCAACAGAGUCACCUCCGUCAGAUGAUGAUGAAGGAGAAGAUAAUUGGGUAGACAAGUAUGUUUUUUGUGUGAGCUUUGUGGUUUCCUAUGUAGUGAUGUUGUUGACAGUUUUUGUCGUGCUUUACAUAAAUCCACAUUGGCGAAGAACUUGGUUUUCUUUCGUUGGGAAGUGCGUCACUACCUGUCGCUAUUCAACCAUGGGAAAUUUCAUUGUGUAUCACAUCUCCAAAAUUUGUGCUUAGCUGCCAUGAAGAUUUCAUUGAAGUUGUUGCGUGCAGAUCCAAGGAAAGGAAAGAAAAUUUGAACUUUUGAUCUGAUUGUUUCAAAUGUGCUUGAGAUGAAUUGUUGCAAGUCUUUUGU